CAAUCCAUAUAAAAUUUAAUAUAAUGAUAUCAUUUUACGUGCUGGACUGCUUUGAUUCAGUAGAUAAAUUUGUUAUUUAUCGAAGUUGUGUGAAAAAACGUGAAAAGGUUUGUACAGAGGGUUCACCGUUGGAAAAACAUUCCGAGCAUUCUAGGACGGUCGUUUGCACUGAUCCGAUAGAGCUACAUCGUUUUCUAGUAGAGUUGUAUUACUUCCAAGCAUAUCGAUUACGCAUCUUGAAUGCUGUCUAUAAUUUUGUCGGUGGAAGGCCCAACUGCUUGGUUAUUAAACUUCAUUCUCCAGGCAAACAACCUCUGGACUACAAAUGGGGUGAACGAGCUAACCGUAUGAUAUGGGAACGGAUUGAGACGGACGAAAUGAUGUCCUGGUUGUCGACGCUUGGUGGAGCAUUUUCAGCGUUGGGAGAUUAUAAAUUAGAUUGCGCUAACAUUGCCGGUCGAAUUUCGAUUCAACAAAUGAAGUUUGCGAUGCGUGUUGGUGAACCAUCCCUAAUUGCAAGGUGUAAGCUAUACCUGGCGAUUGCGAUGAUACAGAGGUACAAUUUUGCCGGCGCCAAACAGAUGGUUGUGCAAAUCUACCGAACGGAGAAGCAUCAAUACGAACCGGAUACUCGGUUGCUCAAAAUGUGCCUAGGAAUUUGGGCUAAACUCAAAUAUGAGUAUGAGCUAUAUCAGAAGCGAUUGAAUCGACCGAAGGAACACAGUCAUUUUAAAAUUUUAGGAUGCUGAAGAAAAUAUUUGAUUUUUUUCUAUUACGUAGACCGAUUAGGUGAGAUUAUACGGAAUAAAAACUUGGAUUGUGAUUUCAGAGCGAUUUAUAAUUGCCUUUCUUCGAAAAUGAUUAAAAGCAACUCCCACGAUUUGCUUUAUU